AUGGCGCCUAUGCAGUAUAGGACGGCGGCGCAGACCAGAAGGGGAAACCGGGCUGGCGUGGUUGAACAUGAUGACUUUGAAGGUCUCCCGGUUCGACAAUGGACACGCGGCGAAGUCAACGUGGCCAUGGGCCCUCCCCCUGACGACGAUCAAAAGGACGAUAUUUGGGCGAUAGAGUUGCCUUUCGGCAUGCCCAAGGAUACAGCACUCUUGCCGCCACAUUCCCAGGAGCUUCUCAGGGCGAUGAGGUCCGGUAGGGUGUAUAAGCGGCCCCCGCCCGAGGACGAGGACGAGGACAUCGAUUUCGGGACCAAGGGCGACAAGAAGGAGUCUGAGGUGGGGAACGAGGGCUUCACUGUCAGAGCGUGGAAGCAGAUGCCGAGGAAUGCAGAGGUCCCCUCAGUCUCCCACUUGGCAAAAAGACACAAGGGCACCAUCACACUGGCGAGUACUGCAAGUGUCGCUCAUAUACCGGGACCGACAAUCACCAGGGCGACUGUGAGGAGGAUCGAUGCGGCAGGCAAUCCGUAUGAGCAGACGAUCACAUUGAGUGAAGGACAGCAAGUCGACGGUGAAAUCAUUCGCACGACGGUAGUGCCUGCACCGGUUGCUGCGGCUGGCGAGGCGCUUGGGCAGCAGGCGACACCCGUCAAACGGAGACCACCGCCACCUAAGAGGAAGGCCAAGGGGCCGGGCAGAGGAAGGAAGAAGGGAAGCGGGAAGAUUGGUCAGUUGCCUUUGCCUGCCACCAGGUCACAGCAACAAGCAGCUGCUGGGGGCGAGGCUUCGGCUGAAACCACGGUUGAGGGCGUACUCGGCGAGGGUCCACCAGGGGUUGUCAUCACGUCCGAGGAGAACGGCGAUGCAGCAGGCCAGGACACCGAGAUGGCCGACAACUCGGUCAUUCCUUCCGAUGAGGAGGACGGUGACGAAGGGGACGAGGGCGACGAAGACGGUGAGGAGGAAGGUGGCGACGAAGAAGCCGGCGAUGAAGAGUCAACAGCGACCCCUGAAGUGGGCAACGCUCCAAGUGAUGUCGAGCAGGUUACAGAGCAAGCUCAAGGUCAGGAUCAAGAUCAAGAGAUGCUCGGCUCAGACGCUUCGGAGGUUAUCCGACCAAGCUCGAUUGAGGAACCUGAAGACGAGCAGCUGCCUCGUCGCGCCACCCCCGAGGAGGAGGUCACAGUUUCCAAGCCACGGUUCCAACUGGGUCCACAGUUUAACUCUCCCCGCGCGGAAGGCAGUCCCCUCAAGAACGUCAUGGUCGUGUCGCCCACCGAGCCAGCGACCGCGCCUGCUGCUGCCAGCUACCUCGACAUCCAAUCUACUACCGUCUCCAUGGACAUUGACCUUGGAAACACUCAACCAAACAUCCCUCUUCCAUCUUCAUUGGAAAUAUCAGCUACGGUGCAAACAGAAACAGCCAUUACCUCUGAAAUAUCAUCCGCUCCUAAGCCCAGCGCAUCUACGUCCCCAAUGGCAGAUCAACAAGCUUCUGUGCCCGCAGAAUCCAUCUCUGAAGCUCUCACAAUGCCAGAAGAGCAGCCCCCGUUCUCGGCGCAGACAACCGAGCCUGUCACCGCAUCCGAAGCUUCUGUUUCGCUUGAGGUCCCAACGCAAAUCCCAGAGGUCUCUCUCCAGACAUCAGCCUCUCCUACUCUUCCUACUGCUUCCGAACCCCCUCAGGCACCCGAAGCAGACAGCCCCGAUCUUUUAGGCAGUCUUGAGGCCGAGCUCGACAGGGAAAUGUCACUCAACAAUAGAUCCCCGCCGCCUGGUGAGCAGGAAAAACCAUCCGCAACAGAAGCCCAGUAGGAUGGCCUCGAUAAUGACGUCAAGAAUACUGUCGACAAGCUGCUUGAGCUUGUUUGCAAUUGCGGUUUUCAGCCUGGGCUAUGGUCGGCGACAAUUGAGUUGUAUGGGUGCGGCACCCGUGAUUACCGGGGAGAUUGCGAUCCCUUUGGGGACGAUGAUCCAAUUGAGGAGGAGGAUCCCAUUGAGGAGGGAGAUCCCAUUGGGGAUGAGGCUAGUCGUGACUGGCCUGAUCACGAUACCAUCGAUCACGAUACGGAUAGUUCAGACGGAGGUGACCCAAACGGUGGUGGUCUAAAUGGAGGUGAUUCCGAUGGAGGCGAUCCAGACGGAGAUGAUCCAGAAGGAGGUGAUCUAGGCCGAGGUGAUCCAAACGGCGGGGGCCCAAACGGAGGUGGCCCAAAUGGAGGUGGCCCCGACGGAGAUGAUCCAGAUGGAGAUGACCCUGACCAUUAUGACGGCGACCGCUUUGAUGAUAUAUUGCCGCUUUCACUCUCGCCUUGCUCCGCACGCUUCUGGGUACGCCUCCGUCGCCCACACCGACACUCAUGGCGCCGCAGACGUCAGCUCCAUUUUCCUCGAUACAGCCCCAACCGAACGAUGGGGACAAAGCGUCUGGGAUUGGGUUGAUGGCACGGCUCGCGUGGCUCUGCCUUUUGGGCUUGUCGAAAGUACCUCGAUGCCCUUCGCGAAAUU